AGCUCGUGGGAGAACAGACGCCGGCCGAGCAAGAUCAUGCCAAAAGGCGAGAGAGUGAAAAAAGCGAGGAUGGAGCCGGCCGAUCAUUCGACAGUGAUUAUCGGGAGCAAGAGGACGAGGAGAGGCAGAAGCGGGACGGUCGCGGGGAAGCAUGAUCACGGAAGCAUGCAAUCCAGCGAUGGAUGGACCAUCACCGAGUACAAGGGGAGGAGGCGAGGGCGAGCGAGGCGGCAGUGCCCGACACGGCGGCGAUCGGCAGAGAGGACGGCAGUGAUACGAUACGUACGGCGCUGAGUACGAAAGUCGGUCGAGGCGAGCGAGAGAACCGUCACGGGUCUGGAGUGGAGAACGACGACGAGGUUGGGUUUCCAAAAGAGGGAGGAGGGCCGACGCAGGGCUUAAAUACGCCGAUUGCGUUUUUUUCGUGUGGGAGCGAUGUGUCAGCGCGGGUGAUGUGUCUGCGUGGUGAGUGGUUGUGGGGGCGGCCUGUGUGCGUCCCGUGCGAGCGCGCAGUCGCUGUGUAUUGCACAUUGUUGCAUUGUGCUGUGCUGCGUUGUGCUGUGCUGCGUUGUGCUGUCUGUGUGCAGCCCACUGUGUCUGCUGUCCGCGGCUCUGGACACACAGAGACAGUGUCUGGGGCUGCGGGCAUGUGUCCAGCCAAGCCACCCGCAGCCAGCCAGCCAGCCAGCCAGCCAGCCAGCCCGCAGCCGUUCAGCCGGGCCGUGUCGCCCGCCAGCCAUGGGCUUCUCGCUGGCGCCCUCGCUCCUCGCCGCUGCGCCUUGCUGCCGCUGUGUCUCUGUGGCCUCGCUGCUGCCGCUGCUGUCCUCGGCCGCUCCUCGGUCUUGCCUCAGCCAAUCGGCACCUGGCCGGCUUAUCGCAGACGCGUCCAAGCCAGUCGGGUGCCGAUGCCUGGGGUCGUCUCCAGAAUCCAUCUCCAGAAUCCAUCUCCAGAAUCCAUCUCCAGAAGCCAUCUCCAAAAGCCCACCCCGUCUCUCCGUCUCGGCUUGGCUGUCCCCGUUCCUAGUCUUACCCCUUCGCUCCGCCAGCCGGUGCACGAUUGCCCCGCCGCCUCCCUGCAGCCUCGCACCAGGCAACCAAAGCAGGAAGGCAGCCGCCUGCCAAGAGACACAGGGGUUGUGGUGGGUUGGGUUGUGCUCGGUCGUCAAGGGGUGGGUGUUCAUCCCAGACCCGCAGCACCACUCGGUGCGGCCCAGUGGCACCAGACAGUCGUCGCCGGCAAACGCCAUGGGCGUCUUCGUGCCCAAACCGUAAGAGUGAUUUUCGUCAUGCCUCCUUGCAAGCACCGGCUUCGUGGCGGCAGGCGCCGUCCCGCGGACGGAUGCGUGGGCCUCAGUGGGCCGCCAUUGAGUUGAUGGGGCGAUGGCUCCAAGUGAUUCCUAUUCCUAUUCCUAUUCCCGAGCAUUCUCGUACGUCGCCGGGAUCGAGCAUCUCGGUCGGCCCGCAUCCCGAUGCCAGAGGCAUCCAGCGUCGAUCCAGGUCGUCCUUUCCGCCAUCCAGCCCCCCAAAAUACUGCUGCAGGCAGUCGUAUCCAAGAGGCGUCUCUCCUGUCAUUCUCGCAC